AUGGGUCAGGCAAUUAUGUCAAACCCAAACGUCUUUGGUCUGGCAGUCAUGCUAGUAAUAGACAACGCGUCGCCUGCUGAGGCAAAAAUUGUCUCCGAGCAACAAGAUGUAUCGGAAACUGUUAUCAAGAAGGCUUUUGCAGCCGCAGAAGAGGAUUUUCUUUCAUUUGUGAAAAAGCAGGGGCUCAGUAAGCUCCAUAUGGCAUCUGUGGGAUCAUGUUGUAUGGUGGGAGUCAUAUGCAAUGGACUGUUAUAUAUUGCAAAUGCUGGAGACUCCCGAGCGGUUUUAGGAGGAGCAGAUAGAGGAACCAGGGAAGCUGCUUCAGUACAAUUAUCUACGGAGUACAAUGCUAAUAUAGAAUCUGGAAUUGCCAGGAGGCUUGUUGAAGCUGUACUUCAGGAAGCUGCAAAGAAAAGAGAGAUGAAGCAUAUGGAUCUGAAAGAGAUCGAUCGCACGAGGGGUCAGGAGACAUUUUCAUGA